UGAUUGGGCAGGAUAAUUUUUGGGUCUUGGAUCCUACCAAUCGUGGAAGCUGGAUAUGGAGAACUAUCUGUAAGCUGAGACCUAUUGCAAGGCCUAUGGUGUUUUGUGAAGUGGGUUCAUGCAUCACAGCGAGUUUCUGGCAGGAUAAUUGGACCUCUCUAGGCCCUCUUAUUGAUUUAGUGGGGGAAACUGGCCCUCAAGUCACUGGUUUGAGUAUAAACGCUGUCGUGGCUGAUGCUCUGACAAGUGAUGGCUGGUGGUUAGAUCGUAGCAGGAGUGGAAACCCAAUAAUUACUUUGCUAAAGGCCUGCCUUCCCUCUGCUCAGGCUCUGAUUAUGUCAGAAGUUGAUGAUAAGUAUGGAUGGUACCCAGUGGCGGGGAGAGGAACUGGGAUUUUUUCUACGAGUGAGACGUGGAAAGUGCUGCACCCUGACCAAAGCAGUGUGGUUUGGCACAAAGCGGUGUGGUUUACUGGUAGAAUUCCCAAGCAUGCGUUCAUCUCUUGGGUAGCAGCAAGAAACAGGAUGAUUACUAGGGACAGACUCAUUAGCUGGGGAUUAACGGUUCCGUCGGAUUGUGUUUUGUGUACUGGUCACAAUGAGAAUAGGCAUCAUCUCUUCUUCGACUGUGCUUUUAGUCACCAGGUUUGGUCUCACUUCCUUACUCGCAUGAAUGUAGUUGCUCCGCGAGACUUUGAUGCAGUGUUGAGGUGA